AUGAAGAUGCCCAAGGGCACAUUUCCCCUGCGCAGGGAAAAGCGCUGCAACGAUGUGGAUGCACAAAGUUGUAGAACAAGGAAACGAGCGAGUUACAUUCACAGGUGUUUGAACGUGCGAAAGUUGCAAAAAUGUGGCGAGCUGAGAAAAAUGGAAAAUUACUGCUUGUACGUAAAUUUGAAGGAAUUGUUACAGAGAAGUUAUUGCAAAGGGAAGGACAGCAAUACAAAUGGCAGUUGUCUCAAGGUCCCUGCACCACCUCGUGGAGAAAUGGAUGAAGAAAGGGAAAGAAGAAGCCCUUAUCAGCGCUGCUGCAAUUGCGCUAGCCAUACCUUUGACAAGUGCUAUAUCACCGGUCUACACAUUUUUGAAGGUAUUUUUUUAACCGCCUGUUCAGAUGGGAUUGUGGGUAUAUUUGAUAAAAAUUUAAACAACAUAUUGAGCAGACGGGUAGCUACUUCGCCAAUAAAUAACAUUUCAGUGAGCAAAAAGGAAAAUGCUCUGUGCUUUGCUGACAGCUCUAACCAUCUAUAUGUUGUACACCUAAAUAGGAGGAACAUGUGUAAAGGGUAUCACUUUAACAUAAGCAAAAGAGAUAGCCAUCUUGAUGAAAGCGCUGCUUGUGCAAGUACACCAUACCAAGGUGGCGAUGAAAUUUUGAACAGUGUUGAGGAAGACGAGAAGCACAUAUUUUUGAACCACAAAGACUACGCGCAUUUAACAAAAAAAGAGAAAAACAUUGUUCAGGCAUUUUUGUAUAAUAACAUAUCGAGUUACCAUGUGAAAAAUUUAAACUGCUGCGUAAUUAACCCCUACUUUCACCACCACCAGAGUAAUAGCAUUUGCGUUCUGACCGCAAAUAAAAUCGUGUCCCUUCUGAACAUUUUUGAGUUUCAUAUAAACAACAGCGUUUUGUUUAGAGGGCAGAACAUUUUAAGUUUACACUGGCACAGUUUGUAUGUCUUUAUCUGCACGGGUGCGUCCAUUUUCGUGGUCAACUUUUUUGACAAAACGAAAAUUGCUCAUGUCGUUUUGGCUAACCUCGAUAUGAUCGAAAAGGUCGAAGUCGGCCAAGCAGGCCGCUUAGGAGGAGAAAAAAACGUUAAACAGGACAUGCCAGUGAAUCAUAACAGCGCGGACAUGAACACAUGUAGUGACCAAGUGGACGGUGUGACAAAUGAACCCCAAAUGAUGUGCGCGCUGGAGUCGAUUCACAUAUGCGAAUUGGAGAAAGGGGAGUAUACAAUAGCCAGGGGCAAAAAUGUGAAAAUUGUAAAAAUUGAAAAAAAAAAUGGAAUUGAAAAAAUAAGCAUUUCCAACGAGUUCGAUGUGCACAAUACAAUUAUUAGCAUAAGCCCAUAUUAUAACCACCACCUGAAUGGAUUCCCUGAUAAUGAAGUCUUCCUUUCGGUCAUUACAGCCCUGGACGUUGAGCUAUGCGAUGGGGAGAAUUAUCGUACAUGUACACACCUGGAACAUAUCAUAGUGACGAGGGGCAACUACCUAAUGUAUAGAAAUUGCCUUCACAUUGGAGGUGCUGAAAAGGACACAAUUAGGAAAGAGUACCUUGCAAACACACCAUGCACACCUUAUCCUGGUGGUAGUGCAAAUGGAGAAGAAAGCAACACAAAUAAGAUGUUGCCCAUUGACGAGACUACUUGCGACCGAGCGGAGAAUUCCCACUUCAUCAGUAACCCAGAUGGAGGAGUCAGCCAAAUAACGAACCUAUUUCAGUACAUGAAACUUACGCCCACUUGGGGGCAGGGGAAACGAAGUGGCGCCAUCGAACGUUGCUUGUAUAUAUAUGGAGAAAAUACCCUUUUGCAGUUUCGCUCCAAAACGGUGGCCGAGUUUUUUUUUGAGGUUAUAAAAAAGAACGCAAAAAAUGGAAGAAACAUUUUGCUCCUACUUGAUGUGCUGAAGAGGCAGCCAAUCUGCAAAAAACAGUUAACUCAGAUUGGACUAUCCCUCAUAAACGCUUUCAUAGAACAGACGAAUUAUUUCAUCGCGGCAAAUGUGUUCAUCCUGUUGUGUAACCAUUUUUGCGACAAGUAUCGGGUCAUCUACAACGUCAUGGAGAUAUUUUUCCUUCGACGCCAUUUGCACAUCCUGUCGUUGUUUUAUCGAAAAUUGAAAGAAGAGAGGACAGAUCGGAAGAAAGGGAUCGGCCAUUCUUCCCUGCACGUGGUACGUGAUAAAAAACGGCGCUUCAUAACACGCAAGGGGAGCACAGGGGAAGAAAAAAAAAUUAAAAGCGCUUUGUACAUGCCUCACCUUUGUUAUUUCAAAAAUGGGAGAAAAAAAAAAAAAAAGAAAAGGGAUAAAAAAGAACGCCUUCUUAAUUACGAAGAGUGGAAGAAGAAGAAAAGGAAGAAAAGAAAACAAAACUUCCUCUUUUUUGCAACGAAAAAACUGUUUAACCAAUUUUUGGUUUUUCUGUUACAUACGGAUGCUUACGAAUUUCGAAAAGUUUACAAAAUUUCAUCCAAAGAUGAUUUGAAUGCUGGCAUGUUAGUGAAGCACAUAGUGCAUUUCCUCGAGGGCGAUUUAUCUGUUUUGAAGAAAAAAUUUAUUCGCUGCAGCGGCGUUGGCGGCAGCGACGGCAGUAGCGGAAGUUGCGGCAGAGGAAGAAACCACUGCGCAAAUCACCAUACCGAUCGCAGCAGACGCAGCGCCCAUGGCGUCACUCUAAAAGAAAAAAAAAAAAACAACGCCGAAAAAGGAAUCCUUCUCGAUAUCCUGCUUGACAUUUUUUUUAAAUUUGACAUUCCCCUUGAUGCUGCCUCUUUUGCAUUACUAUGCAAGGAUAGGGAAAAGGAACAGCAAAAAAAAAAAAAAAAAAAAAAUGAACCCCAUUGGAACAGCAACAACGGUGAAGUCAUUACCAAUAAUGACAAAAGAGCAACAACACAGGAGGAGGAUAAAUUUGUGAAGAAGAACCUACCUGAUGCAUGCCUACAAGAAAGUAACAGAGGAUGCACAAAUAGGGAAAAAAAUUUCUGCAGUUACAGGUACAAGGAGAAAAGCGCAUGCGCCAGGGGCGAAGAGCAACUCGCGAACGAGGAGAGUCUCCAUCGAAACGAACACCGCAGCGAGGGUGGCCUUAUCCCGAGUUGCGACAAGUUGGCUCCGUUGCCCCACCAGCGUGAUGGGAAGCAUGAGGGUGACCAACGCGACGAUGAAAAAGAAAACACGUACCUGAGGAUGGAGAUUAGGAGAUAUCACGCAGGCUGGGACAGCGAUAGGAACGGUGGCAUAAACGGCGUCAUAAGCGGCGGCAUAAACCGCGACACGAACGGCGACGUCAAAUGCGGCAGCAACCGCGGCGGAAGUAGCAACGGAACUGAUGAGGAGGCCCCCCGUGGGGGGGAUGCCCCCCAAAGCGCAAGGCAGCCCAGGCAAAAGGAAAAACGAAUGAAACGACGAAGUAGAGGUGUGGAAGGCCAAAACAGGCCAAGGCAUAACUCAAAUGGUACAAACACAACUAACACAUUAACGCUGGGCAACCUGACCAAUGAUUACUUUUCCUGUGUGACGCACCGUCGUAGUACACCCCUCACGUUUGAAGACCUGGCACAGGAUAGCUCGCCACAAAACUUGAGACACUUUGAACAAGAAUUUGACAAUGUGAAAAAAAUGGAAAUUAUAAAAAUGCUCAUUCGAAAGAAAAACAAAAAUGUGUUUGCCUACUUGAAGCAAUGCACAUGGCAAAUACUUAAAAAAAUAACACAAAGAUUUGUAUUAAAAUUAUUUCGUUUGAGCAGAGUAAAAACGGCAAAGCUGUUAGUGAUCGUGAAGGUGAAGGAGAAAAACAAGUACAGAUAUUUCUUCAACCCAAAAGAUGUAAUAAGAAGGUUAAAGGAGAGACCCUUCUUUGUGUACACCUAUUUGAAGCAUGUAAAAAAUGUGAAAUAUUUGAGCAGGUACAUUGACCUUUUUCUUUUUUUGAUGUUUGUUUUUGAGCCGCUUCUGUUGGUCAGCUUUCUGUACAAGCAUUACAGGUGCGUCAGCUUCAAGCGCGUCCUCUUCUUUAUAUGCUUCUUCGAUCGGUUACACGUGGGGGAGGAAGUCACGCCCCUUGAUGGAGACGUCACCAAUGAAAAUGUCACAGCAGUUCAGGAGGAACUCACCAAUGAAGAAGUCUCGCCCGUUGAAGAGGCGGUCACCCAUGAAAACGUAACACAGGUUCAGGAGGAAAUCGCGCAUGACAACGUCACGCCGGUUCAUGAGGAAGUCACCCAUGAAAACAUCACACAGGUUCAGGAGGAAAUCACGAAUGAAAACGGCACGCCCCUUGCAGAGGCGGUCACCCAUGAAAACGUCACACCGGCUCAGGAGGAGAUUACGCAUGAAAAAGUCACUCCCGUUGAUGGGGACGUCACGAAGGAAAACGUCACACCGGUUCAGGAGCAGGUCAGCAACGAAAACGUCUCGCCCGUUGAUGGAGAGGUCGCAAACGAAAACGUCGCGCCCGAUGAGGAAACGCCCCCUCGUUUGAGGCCCCCCAGGUCCAAAAGCAGCCUCUUCCAAAACGAACGAGUUACGCUGCUGUACAGAUAUCUGCUAGACGAGCAAGUCGAGAAGGAGAAGCUGGAAGAAUUGUUCAACUACAUAAAGCAACCUUCAAAAAAGCGACCCAGAGGAGGAGCAAACUUUUUUUUAAGCGUCAAGGCAUUUAUGUAUGAAAAAUUUGGGUACAUAAAUAAGGCGCUAACAAUUUAUAAGCAGUUAAGCAACUACAAUGAAAUGAUUUACCUUGUGAAAGUUCACAACCUGUUAAUUGAUGAUGCUGUGAUGAAAAAGGCAGAAGAUAAUUUAGCUUCCCUCAAUGGUGUCUCUUUUUUGAGUGGUGUGGAUAGGAGGUUCCUACAUGGAAGGCACGUUGGUAUUGCCUCAGCUGGUGGGGAGCAAAGAAGGUUUCGCUUGAGAAGCGGGAGGAAGAAAACGAACAAAGGGGAGGAAGAUGCACAUAGUGUGUUUACAUCCAACGGUGGUGAUGAUCGUGAUGAUGGUGAUGCGGUGGGGGUGGGCCACCCGCCUCAGACGGCACCUAUGCAGACGGAGACGAACAGCCACUGUCCGAUUGGCGCAAUUGACCAGGUCGACCAGAUCGGCAAGUAUGUACACAGCAACGCCCACUUCGCCACCCUGGACAGAGAAAUUAUGCUCAGUUUGUACACCGAGGUGGAGGGGAAAGGAAGGCGAAAGGGUCAUACUACAUGUCGGAAGGGCAAAAGGAAAAGUAACCGAAUGAAAGAGCACCACUGUUGCAGUGGAGGCAUCUCUCCUCCAAGUACAACCCGUAAAGAAAUUAUCUUAAAGAAGUACCUGAUGGAUAACUCAUCCCGAGAAAUGCAUUACGUAACCCUAAUGUGUAUCCUGCAGGAACUCUUCUACGUAAAUGAGCUCAGUGAAAAUUAUAACAAAAUUUUAAUGCGGUGCAAAGAGAACAUAUACAACAGUUUUAACGAAAUAAAAAAAAAAGGAUACGUGAUAUACAAUGGAGUUAUAAAAAAAGAAAUGAAAAAUAAUAAUUUAUAUUUAUUGGACAUAAAUGAUUAUUACUUCAUUAAUGAUAAGGUGCAAGACAAGCGUUCCAACGAGUGCGAUAUGAUCAUGCCCUACAUGGAUGAGCAGCAUGGACUGUUGGAGAGAAGUGGGGGGACGACAGACAAGGAAGAACAAGAGCUACCGUUACACAUUCAAAAGGAGGUCCCAUCGAAUUAUUUCUUUUAUGAGCAGAUCCAUGAAAAAUCCUAUGUCUCCAUCUUGUCCUCUUUUUGUAGCUUCUGCCAUCACAAUAUCUACCGCGAUUUGUGUGCUUUUGAUGGGAGACGCAGAUACAGACGUGACACCGUUGUCUUUUUUUUUUGUAAUCACCUGUAUCAUUUGAAGUGUCUUAGGGAGCGGCGGUUCGCUUGCUUGGCGUGUCACGACUAG